AAGCGAGCAACCCCAUCCGCAAGAAAAUCUCGCGAUUUUCCCCUCGCACUCUCUCGCACGCGCCGGCAUGGCGACGCUCGCGCGGUGGCAUCCACCACUACCACCAGCCCCACUAGCCGCUGGGGCAGCCGCUCGGCCUCCUACUGCCCGCCCGCUCGCUCGACGGCGGAUCCCGCGCCGAGCCGCGACCGUGGUCUCCCCGCGCGCGUUCGGCGGCGACUUCGAUGGCUUCGUACGGCGCGCGUGGCGGAGCGCCAACGCGGGGGCCGAGCGCCUCGCCUUCGAGGCACGGCAGGCCGCGAAGCGGCUGGACGGCAGGUUCUCGAUCUCCCGGAGGCUCGCGGAGGCCUCCCGUGCCGCCCGCGCCCGCGCCGUUGAGAUCGACGCCGAGCUCGGCAUCGGGCGGCGGUGGCGCUCCUUCUCCGUCGACUUCUCCCGCAACUGGCCCAGGUAUCGGAGGGAGAUCAAUGACUUCAUGGAAACUCCCAUCGGGAGAGCAUUAGCUACAAUAUUUUUCCUAUGGCUUGCACUGUCAGGGUGGUUGUUCAGAAUUUUCAUUUUUGGCACGUUUGUGCUGCCAUUUGCUGUCCCACUUCUCCUUGGGCCCUUGGCUAAUAGGGUUGCCAUUGAGGGAACAUGCCCAGCAUGCAAAAGGCGUUUUGUGGGUUACCGCAACCAAGUGAUUCGGUGCAUGAACUGCCAAAACAUUGUAUGGCAGCCAAAUAACAGCUCAUCUGGUGGCACUAGAAGUUCACGAAGCUCAGAACCUGAUGUAAUUGAUGUAGAAUACGAAGAGAAGUAAGAACAUUGUGCCCCACCAUACACUGAAAAGCGAAAAUCAGGUGAGCAGAAGAAGAGGCAAGGCUUAGACACAGGCUACACCUUCAUGAGCUGUUUGUAGAUUUGGUUGUUGUUUCAGUACUUGUGUACAUUACGUUCUUCUUUUGAAAUAAAACGGAAAUUUAGGUGUUGUGCACAAUGAGACGAUGUGUAACACCUUUCGAUUUUACGUCCUAGCGUUUCCAUAGCUUAUUCUACUGUUGCAUCCGAGUACAAAACAUCUUGUAAAGUAAGAGUGGUUUUUGUUUGAGCUCGUUCCAGUCAUCGACGGAUGCAAAACAAAAGCUGGUUGAUCCAAUAUGAGCAGUAGGAUCGAUUGGCUUGGCUUCACUUC